ACGCGAUGUAAUAAGUCUUACGAAUGAUAAGCUUAUAAUACAUAUCCAAUAAUCAUAUAUGAUAUUAUAAGCAAACCUUAUUCUUGGAAUAGUUCUACUGAAAAUCUCAAACGCUUGUAUAGACGUGACAUUGCAAUUAAAAAUUUUUUUCAAUGUCAUCUUUAAUUUUGAAUAUAAUUAACUGCUGACUAGAAAAUUUACUGAACGAAAAAGAAAAGCAUACCUCAUUGUUGAUAUUUGACAAAGUAUGGAUACGAAAUUUUCUUUUUUUUUAAUAUUAACAUGCUACACUUUUGCUUUGGCCAAGUUACAUACAGCACCACAAGAAAUAAAUUACAGCAAUACUGUAAUGCAUGAAACUUCGCCUCAAUCCCUUAUAACAAAUUUUUCAUUCCUCGAUUUUAUUUUGAAUAAUAGCACUUCAGAACCAUAUAUCCAAAUCAAUGAUAAUUCAACAGAGCAAGUGAAACAUGUAGAGUGUGAAAAGAACUCGGGAAAUGCUGCUGUGGAAAUAGUUAAUCGAACAGAGCUUCUGCAACUGCUGUUACCUGUUGGAAAUGCAACAUCUUCACAUCAAUCAGGACGUUGUCUAUUAAUAUUCUUUUACGCUCCUUUCUGCCCAUUCAGUUCAAUGGCCGCGCCAUAUUUUAAUGCAUUGCCUAGGGUAUUUCCAGACAUUAAAAUGGCUGCACUUGAUGCAAGCUUAUAUCAAACAUUUAAUACUCAGUAUGGCAUAGUGGGUAUACCUACUCUACUGUUGUUUCACCAGGGAAGACCCAUAGCAAAAUUCAAUAACACUUUGUAUAAUUUAGAAAUGUUUAUACAAUUUGUAACAAAGUACACAAAGAUUAAACCUGUGGAUAAGUACAUGCUAACAACUGCAGAUUUCUUUGGGCCACUUUCAAGUAUUCCUGAUAAAAGAGCAGAUUAUUUUCUCAUUAUAUCCUGGAUAUUUUUGAUUAUAUGUGCAGGAUAUUACUUUAGUAAAUCUUCAUGGUGGAAAUCUAUAGUAGAGGCAAUCAAAAACAAUUGGCGAGAGUCUGAAGCUCAACACGAGCAUACAGAAUAA